AUGACCGAAGAGGUCUUCUGGACAAUCAUCUUCGGAAUCGCAGCGACGGUCAUCGGCGUCAUCACUGUGUGGCAGAAUGCUCGGCUCAUCGGCUUCCGAGCUGACAAUCAGAACGGCACUGGCCCGAGAGAUUGGUACGGACACUGA